AUGAGCCAAGCGACGCCGCAGGGCGUUGAGGCGUCGAUGCCUCAACAGGCAGAAGGCUGCCUCGGCGCCAGCGACCUACCGACGCUGAAAGCAACGAACGGGGGAAAGAAGAAAGCAGAGGGAAGCGCGAAGACCAAGAGUCCCAAAGUCAGCACGGCCUCUGCUGCUCGUCUCGUCAUUCAGCGCGUGGAGACCGCCAUACUGGUAAUCGACGCAGGACCCCCCGAGCAACAGGUUUCCAUCGGCGCCGGCCUGGUGGUGUACGUCUGCUUCCUCAAGGAGGCGUCUGUAGGCACGGUCGCGGAGCUCGUUGACCUGCUGUUCAGAGCCGAUCUUCUGUGCCUCCCCAACGAAGACGGCAGCGCGAACCGCAAAGUGUGUCUGGCGCAGUUCCCGCAAGACGUAGACCUCCUGGUCGUGCCCCAGGCGUCGCUGGCAGGCCGCCUGAAGGCCAACGCGCUCCAGUUCCAUUCGCUCGCGCCGAAGCCUGAGGCGCAGGAGCUGUAUCGCCGAUUCAUUGAGGACCUCCGUGCAAAGGCGCAGGCUGAGGCGGCUCGCGUCCCAGGACGCAAGUUGCGCGUCGAGGCGGGUGUCUACGGCAAUCUCCAGCGUCUGACGUUCUCCUCUCCGGGUCCGUUCACGACGUGUAUCGAAAUUUAA